AUGUCCGCAAGGCCAUGGGGAAAAGUUAAUGAUUUUUACUUAGACAUGGUGAAAGGCCGCACGUCACUGCCAGAAUUGUUUGGAAAGGAGAAAAUACCAGUGGCACAUCUAAAUAUUCUCUACCAUAACCUUCCUGGCCGAAACUUCUCAAGUUUGUUGACAUGGCACAGUGAUAGAUGUAUUAAUGAGUCUAGGAGUGGAAAUGUAGUUGAUUUUGAUGACGAGGAUGAAGAAGAGACAGGAAAUAAACCGACUAGUUUUCAUGUAAGCAGUGCUAACCAUCUUCUACAUCAAUUGGAAGGAAAAUUACUAUUCUACAGGAUGUUUGCACGAGAUACUAAAGCCUCGCGAAACAUGGUUAAAUCAUUGCAUGCCCAUUGGGACAUGCACAUCUGGCUACGUCACUUACAGUUACAUGGUCCACCAACGGAGAGCUUUGUCUUCCAUGCCCGGGCUGCAGAAAUCUUAUUACCUUGUGCAGAGAAGGAUGGGACCUGUGUGAAGAUGAUGUGCAUUGAGUUGGUUGCUAACCGUUUCCCGCGCAAGAUGGUUCGAGUUCUUGCAGCAACUGCAGUUCGGGAAGCAGCUGCUGGGGCUGAAGAGGAUGCACUGCUAAAGUUGAUAGAUGCCACUUGUAGACGUGCUACUGCUCCACCUGCACCUCGGGAUGGCCUUUGCCUUGUUGAUGCAGGAUAUACAGAAUUUGAUAAAAAGAGUUGCCUUAUUCCUUGA